CCGAGAGAGGGGAAGAGAGAGAGAGUGAGCGAAGGAGGCUGCAGACUUUCCGACCAGAGAGGAAGGGGAGAGGAGGAAGAAGAGACAGAUAGAGGAGUCUCCAUCUUUGCCGUUUCAAUCAUGACUUUGGAAGACGGCCUCUGAAACUGUGUUUGGUAUAAAGACCCUUCAGCGACGAGACCAGCAACGGAUUGAGGUGGUGCCUGAGCUCCGACCAGAUGGAGGUGAAUGCAGGUGAAAAACGCCAUCGAACACGAUCCAAAGGAGUGCGAGCUGCUGUGGAAGCCGUGACACAGGAGUUGUUCAGCUGUCCCACCCCGGGCUGCGAUGGCAGCGGUCACGUCAGCGGGAAGUACGCCAGACACCGCAGUGUCUACGGCUGCCCGCUGGCCAAGAAGAGGAAGGCUCUGGAAAAACAGCCGCUGGAGCCGGCUGCCAAGAGGAGGCCCUUCCUCACCUCCUGCCCGGGUGAGGAGGAGGAGGAAGAGGAUGCCAGCGUCUACGCCGGCUAUGAGAACGAAGCCAUGGAGGUGGGGGACGUGGGGAAGGAGCAAGGGGAGGUAGUGGAGGAGGACGAGGAGGAAGAGGAAGGGGAGAGAGAGGGGGACGAGGAAGAAGACGGGGAGGUGGAGGACGAGUUCUCGGAGGACAACGAGGAGCAGGGAGAGGAGGAGGAGGAGGAAGACGAAGAGGAGGAAGAGGUAGAGGUGGAGAGAGCGGAUACGACAAUAGGAGGAGAGCGGGCGGAGGAGGAGGAGGAGGAGGGGAUGGAUGAGGAGGAGGAAGAAGUGGACGAUGGUGAUGAUGAAGAGGAGCAGGAGGACGAGGGAGAGGAAGACGAGCAAGAGGAGGAGGAGGAAGAGGAGGAGCAGAAUCGUCAGCAGGUAGAGAACCACUACAAACCCAGCGGACAAAAGCUCAUUCCAGUUCAGAAGGACGACAACAACAACAACAGCUGCACCAUCAGCGCCGGUAACGGCACCGGAGAAGAGUACGAGAACUACGACGAGCUAGUGGCCAAGUCGCUGCUCAACCUGGGCAAGAUCGCCGAAGACGCUGCCUACCAGGCAAUGACAGAGUCGGAGAUGAACAGCAACUCCUCCAACAGUGCUGGAGAGGAUGAAGACGAUGAGGAGGAUGACGGCAGCGAGCAGGGCGACAGGAAGGGUGAGCUGAGCGUGGACCUGGACAGCGACGUGGUCAGGGAGACUGUGGACUCCCUGAAGCUCCUUGCACAGGGCCAUGGCGCCAUGCUGCCCGAGGACGGCUACCCAGAAGGCAACAUGGUGGAUGACUGCGGCCAUGCCAACGGGCGGCCCGGUGUGGGGGUCAGGGUUCAGGCGGAGGAAAGUGAGGAGGAGGUGUGUCUCAGCAGUCUGGAGUGUCUGAGGAACCAGUGCUUCGAUCUGGCCCGGAAACUAAGUGAGACGCAACCGUCUGAUCGUCCCGUCCUCCACCAACAACUCCAAAACCCUGGGGACCAGCAGGUGGUGCACCACCUGAACAGGUACGAAAGCUGCCAGCAGGGUGCGCCGGAGGAGCCCAGGUCUCUGGAGCGCAGCUACUCCGACAUGGUGAACCUGAUGAAGCUGGAGGAGCAGCUGAGCCCGGCGUCCAGAGGUUACCCCACCAGCUGCAGCCAGGAGGGCGACGAAGACACCACGUCGGUGGCUUCUGACCGCUCAGACGAGACCUUCGACAUGGCCAAGGGAAAUCUGUCGCUGCUGGAGAAGGCCAUCGCCCUGGAAUCGGAGAGGGCGAAGGUCAUGAGGGACCGGAUGGCCUCGGAGCAUACAGUGCCCCGUCGGGAUCACCACCAUCAUCGCGGCCACGGUGAGCACAGCCCGAGGCUGAGCAGCGCCGCCGAGGAGCGCAAGUCCAGGAUGCACCAUGACGGGUUGAAGAGGGCGUACUACCCUAAAGACUCUUCCAGGGGCGAGAAGAAGGAGAGCAAGUGUCCGACGCCGGGCUGCGACGGGACAGGUCAUGUGACGGGUCUGUACCCGCACCACCGCAGCCUGUCCGGUUGCCCCCACAAGGACCGGGUCCCGCCUGAGAUCCUUGCCAUGUAUGAAAAUGUUUUAAAGUGCCCUACUCCUGGCUGCUCUGGACGGGGUCACGUCAAUAGCAACAGGAACUCGCACCGCAGUCUGUCCGGCUGUCCCAUCGCUGCCGCAGAGAAGAUGGCAAAGGUCCACGAGAAGAGUCACUCGACUGACAGCGGCAGCAAGACCAACCAGACAUCAGACCGUGUCCUCAGGCCGAUGUGUUUCGUCAAGCAGCUGGAGAUUCCUCAGUACGGCUACAAAAACAACGUCCCAACCAGCACGCCGCGGUCCAACCUGGCCAAGGAGUUGGAGAAAUACUCCAAGACCAGCUACGACUACGGCAGCUACGACAGCCAGCAUGGAGGCUAUGGGAAGAGAGGCCCGGCAACCAAGUCCCACCACGGGCGAGACACCUCCCCGAAGGGAUACGACGCUAAGCGCUACUGUAAGACGUCGAGCCCGGCCAGCAGCACAACCAGCAGCUACGCUCCCAGCAGCAGCAGCAGCCUGAGCUGUGGAGGAGGAGCAGGUGGAGGAGGAGGAGGGGGUGGAGGGGGUGGAGGAGGAAGCAGCGCCAGCAGCACCUGCAGUAAGAGCAGCUUCGACUACACCCACGACAUGGAGGCGGCCCACAUGGCGGCCACGGCCAUCCUCAACCUGUCGACGAGGUGCCGGGAGCUGCCGCACGCUCUGGGAGGGAAACCCCAGGACCUGCUGACACAGAGUCCCGUGGAUGAUAUGGACGACAGCGGUGCGGUGGAUGUGGCCGGUCAGCCCGGCGGUCCGGAGGGCAGCGGGACGGUGUUGACCCCCCUGCAGCCGAUGUCGCCCCAGCGGCAGGCUCUGCUCAGCAGCCGCUGCUACCAGCUGAGCGAGGCCGACUGCUGGGACCUGCCCGUCGACUACACCAAGAUCAAACGACUGGGAGACGAGCAGGACCACAAAGAGAGCGACGAGCUGGACCCCUUCCAGGAGCUGCUGGACGAGCAGCGCUACCCGGCCGAGGUGACCAUGCCCAGCCCCAAACACCACAAAUACCCGCCCUGCAAGGAGAGCAAGAAGGAGCUCAUCACGUUGUCGAGCUGUCAGCUGGCCGACAAGAACAUCCGCGGGAUGAUGACGACCAACUCACAAGAACUCAAGUGUCCAACCCCCGGGUGUGAUGGAUCCGGACACAUCACUGGAAACUACGCCUCCCACAGGAGGUACAGUAACUACGCUUCACCUCUGUCGGGUUGUCCGCGCGCCAAGAAGAGUGGCAUCAAAAUCGUCCACAGCAAAGAGGACAAGGACGACCAGGAGCCAAUCAAAUGUCCUGUCCCGGGCUGUGAUGGACAGGGUCAUGUGACGGGAAAGUACGCCUCCCACCGCAGUGCAUCAGGCUGCCCCCUGGCGGCAAAGAGGCAGAAGGACAGCUACGUCAACGGCUCGCAGUUUGUCUGGAAAUCUGGCAAGACGGACGGCAUGACCUGCCCGACCCCGGGCUGCGACGGCUCAGGACACGUCAGCGGCAGCUUCCUGACACAUCGGAGUCUCUCCGGUUGUCCCCGAGCCACCUCAGCCAUGAAGAAGGCCAGGAUGAGCGGCGUGGAGAUGCUGACAAUCAAGCAAAGAGCGAGCAAAGGCAUCGAAAACGACGAGGAAAUCAAACAGCUGGAUGAAGAAAUAAAAGAUUUGAAUGAGUCCAACAAUCAAGUGGAGUCAGACAUGAUAAAACUGAGGACACAAAUCACCACCAUGGAGACUAACCUGAAGUCCAUUGAGGAAGAGAACAAGGUGAUCGAGCAGCAGAACGACUCGCUGCUGCACGAGCUGGCCAACCUCAGCCAGUCACUCAUCAACAGCUUAGCUAACAUCCAGCUGCCACACAUGAGACCGCUGCCACAGAAAGAGGCCCCAGUAAAGCAUAACUGCUGUUUACAGAUGCCUCCCAGAGAGCCAAUGAAUGAACAGAACUUUGACACUUACGUGAGUACACUGACAGACAUGUACACCCACCAGGACCAGUACCAGAGCCCGGAGAACAAGGCGCUGCUGGAGAACAUCAAACAGGCCGUUCAGGGCAUCCAGGUCUAGCACUGACUGAGGCCAAAAUAACAAAUGCAAAGCAAAAACAACAACUAAAAAAAAAAAAAAGUCAAAAAGAGGGGAAUGGGUUGUUUUUUGCUGCUGUAAUCUACCCCAGUUAUUUUAUUUCUUCUGCUGUUAUGCUCUCAACUCCAUGGGUAUCUCUUUUUUUUAAUUAUUAUUUUGGUUGUUGUUGCCUUGCUUUGAAAAACAAUUACGUUUUAAACGAACAUUCACGUUUUGUACAUUUUCAUAUGACCUGAAUAUAAUGUGAUGUACUGUUUAUAGCUGCUAAUGUAUGCACAUUCUAGUGUAUAUGUAUGUAUUUAUUUAUUGUAAGCUUGAAUCAUUUCUUAUUUAAAUGCGAUUUACAUACAUCGAAAAACUGGGCGUCACGGGUUUAACAGGGAGCAGAGCGGCGAUGGGGGAACGUGAAGAGCAAUCAUUUUCGAAAGGCUUUUCUCAAGAGCUGUAAAGCUGGAGGUUGUUUAACGGAUGUGAGUUUGUUGAUUUUUGUAAUGUUUGAAAGUGAACCGUAUGUACACUAAUAUUACUGUAAAUCUUUAGCUCAAAUUAUGCGAAGAACCAAUGCUACAAGCAAGAAGAUUUCAAACAUCAUGACACGGAAACUUACUGGUGCAAAUCCCAUCGUCCCCUUCGGAGUUGUUUCGUUUCAAACUGUCCUCUUCUGUCGCUUUUCUUUGUUCAUGCGAAGAACGAAGCGGAAAAAAACAAUGGCUACGGCAAAUGUAGGAGACAAUCUGCCAUUCUGAAUUUAUUUUAGUCGUCAACCUUGACUAGCUAAUAGGACAACGUGUUAGCAAUAUUGGUAUGAUAAUAUUAAAUCGUUUGUUUAGAUAUGGGAUGCAAUCUAUAUGAAAAAAUGUUUGGGUAUAUGCAAUUUCUUAUAAAUAAAACUAGCAAAGAGCUGAUAGAUCUUUUUACUAACUAUAAAUGUAUUGCGUUUUGUAUAAACCUUUUACUACAAUCAUGUUGUAGGAAUCUGACGCGGGUGAAAGGACUUUGGUUCUGUCAUGUUCGACUUUGCACAGGGACACCUUUGUUUCCAUGUUUUGAUGUUUUUAUUGUCGAUUAAGAGGCACUUGGCAGGCGAAAGGAUUUGUAGAUAUGAUUUUUCUUUGUAAAGGCUGAUGGCUCCGCUGGACUUACAGGGUCAAACGUCCCCAUCUGUCAUUGUAUAUUGUGCUCAUCCUGUAGUAAAACGUCUUUCCAAUCGUGCAUCUUAUUGUCUGAGCCACAAUGGGACAUGAUGCCAGACGACAUGAUGACCAAGCAGUGCUUUGUUUAUUUCCGUUUUUUUUUAAAUUAUCUUUGAUUUUUAUUGAAAAGAUGAAUGAAAACUAGAGCCAGCAGUCGUAACGCUAUGUCUGUGCACUGAUUUUACCGACUGAAUAUUUGAUCUGAAUCGGCCUUACGAUGACUUUCAGUCUGAAAUCACGGUACCUGAUGGAGUAUGUUUUUCUCAACACCGUCGAUCAUGCAUGCACUUUAUUGGAGUAUGUCAAAGUAUUAUCAUGUGGUAAAUGAAGCAAAAACUGUACAGCGAGUUUGUGGAAACUGUGACUUCGGCAAGACUUUGUGCUGGUGUAUCCUGUUUGAAAGCAACCUGGAGCAAAUUUCACUGAGUUGAUUUGUUGCGUAAAGGAAAACUCCCCCUCUGGCCCCAAUGCAUUGUUAACCUCCACCUCCCCAGUAUAUUCUUUAACAUCUAGUCUCUUGUAGAAGGCGUACCCAAAACAAAAUGCUGAGCAACACUGCUUACAUAGACAAACUUUUAUCAGAGUCGAAACCUUUCAGGGUUUCUUGUUGAAUAUCAGAAAACGCUCAGUUUCUGUCCACAGAAAAAACAUGGAAGGGGAACGUUCAUCUAUCGCUCUUUGUAUAAUGCCCUUUUUUUUUUCCCCACAAGUGAAAGAAAAGUCAAAUUUUUUCUUUCAUUUUCUGCAUGGACAGUGGUAGGUGACUGACACCUGGAGCAAUUCAAGUCCCUGAUGGACAUGAAACCUUCCUGAUUGGAUUAUCACUGCAAAAGAUUAACGGCUGUGAUAGAAAAUAUCUGGUCCUUGAAUAAAAACUCAGAGGUACAAGACUUUGGACAUAAGACUACUAGAGAACUUCACUACGACUCCCAAGGUGCAAUUCGCGAAGAGCCGGCCAAUUACUGACCUUAAAAUUCUGUUACUUGCGCCUCCAAUGGUGGGUGGAAGAUAAAGAUUGGGCUUUUUGAAGUACUUCAGCUUAAAUGGAUUCACUUUCGGAUUCUGGAUCUGUUUUGGAUGGAUUAGGCAAGUACGGCACUGUGCUUUGGUCCCAUCUGGCUUCAGAGCAACAGUGGCUGAGGAUCAUGGAUGUUGUAGUGUUCAGUUCCAUCGUGCCAGACUGACUGACUCUGAUUCCGCAGAAAAACAAGGCUGAAAUACUGAAAACUUAUGGCCAUGACAUUUAGUAUGGUUGAAUUAUCCGGCCGUGUCAUGCGAAUCUGAAGUGAGGAAACACUGAGGAUAUCAUUAAAAGAAAGAUUUGAACUAGAUGAUAACUGUGGAAAUGCUGCAAAAUCUUGAUACAGCGAAACAUUUGAAACACAUUUAAAUGAACAUGGUUAUAAAUAAUAAAACUAAAUCAAAAACUGUGUCAAAGCACGAGGAGUUUAGCAGGAUAACAGGAUAGUAUGGGUCUGGGUUUUCUCUGGAGCUGAUGUAGCGAGAGAUAAAAAGUUAUUUGGUCGUAGUGUCGUAGCUCGACCUGCCUCUCCCGAUUUCUCCUCCUCGUGACCUCCUACGUUUCCCAGAAUGCCUCUCAACAACCCCCCGAGAAAGGGAACAAGACCACUGCUCGCAGUUGAAAUAAAAAAAAUACAAAUGAUGAAUAUAUAAAUCAGUGAUUGUCUACGAGUGUGGCAACACCACCUCCCCAAAGCUCCUGGUGGUUUCUGGUCUCCUCCCUGCCUUGUCUGAGAAUUUACAUAACUCACUGCCGGCAGUUUUCAUAGGAACUAUUCUGGAAAAUUAUUCCACUGAAAACUGUCCACACUGAGGUCUGCGGAUUCACCAGAGUAACCCAGACGUGCUUUCUGAAAGGGGAUGAUGCUGGUGCGUCUUUUCGCUGCAAGUUUUUUAAAAGUUUUUUUCCUGCCACGAACGAAAUUGCGUUCCCCUCGUAGCCUAGUAUUCCUAGAGAGUACGUCCACAUUGGACAAUUCUGUAUGACACGAUUUAUGUCCAGCUUUUAACGCUAAUGCAGGGAGUUGUUUUCCUCAUGUAGCGGGGUGAAAAGUGAGGGUGGGCGGUGGCUGUUAAGCGCAGGAGACCGGAGUUUGCGUCCUGUCGCAGGCCUGCAGUUGUGUUUUUAACUAUACCUACAAUCUUCCCAAACUUUAAUCAAGUGUUUUGGUUGCCUAAGCCCCAACCGCCCCUCAACCUCGGUCUGUUUGCCAUAAUCACAGUCUUUACAUAACUUAAACAACAUCUGUAGUUGGCAGGCGCAGAUGUUGCAGGGUAAAAUUUUCGGAAUUUGCCGAACUGUCCAGUUUGGACAUUUUUGUCUGGCCAUAAGGUCGCAAAACAUGGACAAAUAAAACCCAAACUACCUGCACGGCCGCGUGCCUCAAGGCGUGACGUGCAGCAGAAAUCCCAGACUUUCAAAAUAGGCCGAAAAAUGUCAGGUAGAUUUUAUUGUAAAUGUGUAUAAAAUGUCCAAAAUGUCAAAGGCAGCGAAAAAAAAAAGGAAAAAUGCUGCUUUAGGUUUUAAUGGCCUACCUUCCGUCGAUGACCGGGUCAUGUCGCCUCAGUGCAGUGUGGAACAGAUUUAAGACAUUCAAGGGGAGAAUCCAAGAACUAACUGUCUAGAAUCCAAACCAAAUCACAUCCAUUUUAUCCGUGAUCCUCCGGAAACCUCAU